ACGCUUGGCGGAACAGUAGUUUAGUCCUGCUGAUUUUAGUUAUAUAAAUAAAGUAGUGGAUAGUUUAAUUUAGUAGUUACAAAGUUAGUCUUAAAUAUUUCCUUUGAUAAAUCUCUCUUAAGAUCGCAGUCAGAGCCUUAAAAACAUCAGCCAUGGCGCUCAGCGAUGCCGCCGUACAGAAACAGAUCAAACACAUGAUGGCCUUUAUUGAGCAGGAAGCCAAUGAGAAGGCAGAAGAAAUAGAUGCAAAGGCAGAAGAAGAGUUUAAUAUCGAAAAAGGACGACUGGUACAGACUCAGAGGUUGAAGAUAAUGGAGUACUAUGAGAAGAAAGAGAAACAGAUUGAACAACAGAAGAAAAUCCAAAUGUCGAAUUUGAUGAACCAGGCCAGACUGAAGGUACUCAAAGCACGUGAUGACAUGGUUAAGGAUCUCAUUAAUGAAGCACAACAACGGCUGGCCAACAUUGCCAAAAACCCAAAUGAGUACCUGACACUGCUGGAGGGGCUGGUGUUACAGGGAUUUUAUCAGCUGUUGGAGCCCAAGGUUAUAGUUCGGUGCAGAAAGGAAGAUGUAGCGAUGGUGCAGGCUGCUGUUAAGAAAAACAUCCCCAUCUACAAAGAGGCAGUAAAGAAUAAUAUUGAAGUGCGCAUCGACGAAAACAACUUCCUGCCCCCUCAUAUUUCAGGAGGUGUUGAAGUCUAUAACGCUGAUGGCAAAAUCAAGGUGUCCAACACACUGGAGAGCAGAUUGGACCUUCUAGCGCAACAGAUGAUGCCUGAGAUCAGAGUGCAACUGUUUGGUGCCAACCAAAACCGCAAGUUUAUGGACUAAUGGUCUGAUACUAAAUGUGCUUUAGUGGUAGUUUGGAGAACAGUGAGAUUCAAGAGCCCUGAUAAAGUGACAACAAGGUUGGAUGGGAAGUUUUAUUUUUUUUUAAGGUCACUUUGUGGAUUUUCUGAAGUUUCUGUUGCAAUUCAGGAAAUUCAACUGAUCAUGUUUCAGCAAUAAGUUGCUUUCUCUCUUUCUUUUGUGUUUUUCUUGGAAAAAAAACAAGCCAAAGAAAGUGGUUUAAAAUGAAAGGCUUAUCAUGUGUGCUUAUGUCACCCUAUACCUCUCCUUUGAGUGUUUAUUUAGCGCUUUCUGUUUGAAAAUCAUGUCAUCUGUAGGGAAAGUGGACACCUGACAUCUCAUCUCCGCCUGUUUGAACAAAAAGCUUUAAGCACUCAGGAAUUUACAUUGUUUUUGCUUGGAGUGUUGUUAGCUAAGCUAGCAGCCUAUCAGGUUUUCCCUGGAAAAGGGAAACCCUCAUUUGAUGUCUUAAAAUAUGGAUGCCUCUGUACUUGUGUUUUCAUUUGUAGUACAACUGCAUUAUACCACAGAGAAAUAAAUCAAAUAUAUUUUAUUUA